AUGGAGCCCGGAUGCCCAUUUAGUAAAGAGGCCAUCGAAAAGGAGUAUCACAACUCCGUCCCAACCAGAAAUCUUGCCAUCGUAACAUGCAUGGACGCCUGGAUCCAGGAAUCCGACGCUUUCGGCGUUGCGGCCGGCGAAGCACAUGUGAUCCGUAACGCCGGAGGAAGAUGCGGGAUGUGUGGACUCAGAGACGACCAGGUGCGGGAUAAGGUCAGAACGAACCUCAAUACAUCCGCUGAUCAUAUCGCGUUUCUGGGAUUUCAAGAGUUGGAGCAGUCUGUCAGGGAUGAUGUGGCAUGGCUCAAGGCUCAGGAUCUCAUAGCUCCGGGGGCGAAAGACAAUAUCAGAGGCUACAUCUUCCACGUCCAUAAGGAUCCGAAACUGAGAAGGCUACAACGCAUAGACCCGCCUGAGGAGGAGGAGGAGGAGGAGAAGUAG